CCGGCCGAGCCGUCACAGACGAGCAUUCCGGGGGAGAGAAAGUGUGUGUGUGAGAGAGAAGGAGCAUUACUAUGUAAAGACCUGCCACGACACGCACUGAGCGCUUGACAAAACACACACACGCACACACACGUACACGCACGCGCGCGCUCGCGCUCAUCAACCACAAACUCACGCACGCACACAGAGACGCGGACGGCGCUGUCGGAGAGUGAACCUGCGGGUUCAUGUCACCCUGAUUUCUCCAAGGAAGAGGAAUACCGAGGCAGAGGUCGGAGGGGAAUACCAGCGACAGCGAUGGCUCUCGCGACCGUGUGGAACUACUGCGUCCCUCUCGCCAUCAUCACCGUCGCCUGCCUGGUGCGCACCGCUCGUUGCCAGGCGGUGCAGGCAGAGAAUGUGACAGUCUUGGAGGGAGGUACAGCCCAGAUCUCCUGCCGCCUGCAGAACUACGAUGGAUCAAUCGUGGUUAUCCAGAAUCCCCGCCGACAGACCCUCUUCUUCAACGGCACGCGAGCCCUGAAGGACGACCGUUUCCAGAUGUUGCUCUUCACGCCACGGCUGGUGCGCAUCGAGUUGACCAACGUCAGCGUGUCGGAUGAGGGCGGCUACUUCUGCCAGCUCUACACGGACUCCACGCAUCACCAGGUGGCGACGCUCUCUGUUUCGGUGCCCCCGGAGACGCCCACGGUGGAGGUCAAGCAGGAGGCCGUGGAGGGCGGCGAGGUGGAGCUCACCUGUAUGUCGCCGCGCAGCAAGCCGGCCGCCACCCUGCGCUGGAUUCGCAAUGGCCGUGAGCUACCAGGUGUGGUAUCUCAGCAGGACAACGCGAAGACGUUCAGUGUGUCCAGCACCAUCCGGAUCUCGGUAGAAAGGAAAGACAACGGGGCGGCGCUGAGCUGCGAGGCGUUCCACCCAGCACUCGGCGGGCAGAAGAGGAUUCGACACUACCGCCUGGAUGUGAAUUUUGCUCCAACAGUCAGAAUUGUUCCUCCCUCUGGCAUUUUGCGAGAGGGCGACUCGCUCAGCCUCACCUGCUCCGUCUCUGGGAACCCUCUGCCCAGGAACAUUCAGUGGUCCAAGAUUAAUGAAUCCUUACCCGAGAGGGCCGAGAUUUCUGGCCCCACCUUUCAGAUUUCUCGCCUCAGCCAAUCACACAACGGGACGUACUUGUGCCAGGCCCAGAACAACUAUGGACGCGCUGCCGAUCAUUACACCCUGCUGGUGUACGAUAAUGUGUCAGUCACUACCACGGUCCCUCCCACUCCCUCCACCCAACCAAUCACCUCCCAUCCCGCCACCCCAACCCUCCUAACACCCAGCUUCGCUCCGGACCCAAAAGAUCCCGGCGCGGUGGUGGAGACUCACAGUGCAGUACCAUAUGCAGUGAUAGGUGGCGUUCUGGCCCUGCUGGUUUUCACCGUCAUCUGUGUCCUCAUCGUCACCAUCUGGUGCUCCGUUCGACAGAAAGGUUCCUAUCUUACCCAUGAGGCCAGUGGGUUGGAUGAACAUGGUGAGGUGCAGGAGGCUUUCCUCAAUGGGAACGACGCCAGCCAGGGCAAGAAGGAGUACCUACUGUAGCCCCUCCCCCUCCCUAUCCCCUCCUCUUCUGACCUCAUCCCCCCUAUCCCUUCCUCUCCCUGUGUCUCACCUUAUAUACAGUAGACACACACGACACACACACACAGACACAACACACACUUCUAUACAAAGCGCCAUAACAGGCGGCCUUCUGAAAUCGACUGUAUACAGAUACUGCACACAGCCAAUCUAUCCCGCUCCAUUCCACUUCACGUCCUCCAGGCACACACACACACACACACACACACACACACACACAGCGACAGAUUGAGAAAAAGAGAGCCUAUAGACCCACCAGCUAUUAACGACUGUGCCAUAUACUGUAAGUCGGUGAAACUGGGGUAAAUGCAGAGCAAGAGGUUGAGGGUGAAUGUAGACAAUAACGAAAUGACGCCAUAAUUAUUUUGGAUCGAGAGGAAAGCGGCGAGCACAAAGGAAACCGGCACUCUGCCUGUGCAGCCGCCAAAGUGGAAGGGGAAUUAGGGGCAGAUGACUGCUAUAAUUCCAAGCCUGGAGAAAACCAUUUAUUUCACAAAGCUCAAUCUAUAACUGAUGGAGACAGUGGAGCAGCGUGUGAGAGGGGAUGGGGGAAGAGCUAGAAGUUUGAAAUUUUGAAAAUUGAUAAAGCAUCUUUAUUACAGAGCAUCAUAUUUAUAAUGCUCAAACAACACUGGAGUCUUUUAGCCCAGAGUCCCGGGCAGUAUCCAGACUUUUGCUAUCCCUGCAUGGUGGCCUUCCAAUAAUUUGUGAAAAUAAAUCAUCUUUUCAUGAUUUAUAUCUCCACUCGCUGCAACAGUGAGGAGAAUGGUUCUUUUUUCUUUUAAUUAGCUCUCCAUCUCCUCCUUCCUCUCCGUUCACCUGUUAUCAUCCUCUCCCCUCUCCUUUAUAUCUGUCUUUCUCUCUGUCGCUCCUCCUUUGUUGGCUCCUAUUAAUGAAAGGAUUACUGUUGGGCUGCGUUCCCGACAAGGAAGAAAGGAAUAUGACUUGCUAAGACAUUAAAGAAGAGCUUAAUUAUUUUAGAAUGUCAUUAAGAGGAUAAAAAAGGUUUAAAAGUCUUAAUAAGAAGGGCAAGGGGAGCAAAUGAAUGAGGAAAUAAAAUGGUUGGAUGUUUUUUCUGAGUGCUACCACACAUGCAGAUACAUGCACACAUGCAUACGUACAGUAAACAUGUUGACAGAACAAGUAUACAUAUCUCUGAACUCCUUAUUUGUAUAAAAAAGAACCGCAACAUAAAUUAAAUGAAUCUUUUAAGAUAUUAAAAAAAUAUGUUUACUAUUCAAACGCAUUAUGAAGCAAAUAUACUAACACAGAAUAUUAGCGUAUAGAGGUGCAAAGCCGAACAAACCACUGUCCAGUGAUCUUUAAAGAAAAUAAAGAAAAUAAUCUAAAAAAAAUAUGUAAUUUGUCUUUAUGAGAAACAAGAGGUCUGUUUUUUUAUUAAUUAUUAUUAUUUGAACAAUUAUGAUUGUUGUUAAUGUUAUUAUUAUUAUUGCCGUUGUUAUUAUUAUAAUUGUAAAUGUUAAAGAAAUGUACCCUUCCUUUUUGGUUCUACUGUAGAGAAAUUGCUGUCUUUUUCCACUCUUACCUUUUCCUCUCUCUCCUAGUCUUUCUCUCUCUUCGUCUUCUGUGCCUAGUCGUCUCUUCUCCUGUCUUUCGCUCUUGUUUAUUUUAGAGUCCAUGUGUAACUGUUGAUAUAUAGCUAACUAUUCUUUAUAGGGGAAAGAUACAAAGCACGACAAAAUUAAAAAGAAUUC